GCCGACGACGACUUUCUCUUACAAUACCAACAAACUACUUCGGCCGGCGCCGGACAGUUCUGCUACUGUAACUUUCCUUUUGUAAAUAGACGUGGGCUAAGCUGUAUGAAUGAGCUUCAACCAAAGUGAUUCGUGGAAUCGUGCAUGCACACCGUUAAAAUAUAAAACUUCUCAACUAGCUUAUUACCCGGCCCGUUGGCCGGAUUACUGUAUGUUACCCACUUGUGGAAUGGGAAGAAAGCAAGUGAGAGUGAAGGGAUUGGGAUUCCACUUGAUUAGGACCGGCCCACUAAUCCGAUUCUUCCCGACCCGCCCCAACCUAAAGGGUCAGAAAGAGCCAAUAAGAAAAUACGAACGGAGAGAAUUAGUAAUAUAUCUUGACUCUUCAGAAGUGGGUCAAACAGGAUAAAGGUUGGGUGAGGGCAAUUUUUAGCGCUAAGCAGAGUUCUGGGUUGAAUAACUUUACUUAGGCCUAGAAAUUGGUGCUGAUGCAGACUGCAGUUUUUAUCAUACCAUCAUCAAUCAUCAUUGAAUUAGUCCUGGGCAACCCUCCCCGUUGUCGGUCUGAAUUUUAAUGAUGGCUUCAUUCCUUGCACCAGCCAUAUCAGCGAGUUGUCAUCUCGAGCAUGAUUUGCCUAUGUACAAAUGAUACAAUUAGAGUAUGAAACUGAAUUCAAAGAAAAGGAAAAGAGAAUUCUAUCACAUGCCAAUAAAUACACACAUAAUAGUUGAAGCUAAGUGAAAGUCAUUACUCGCACAUCAAUUCUCAAAAAUUACAGACUAAACAAUGGCUAGAAUGGCACUGAAACUACCAAGAAUCAUGGACGAAACAACUUGUCAAAUUAAAUAAUCCUUAUACUGAAACUACCUUCUAACUUGAAAUAAGACAUGAUCACAGUUCAUAGCACUCUUAUCACUAUGAAUUGGUUGCAGCUCGUCCUUAUCACUACCUCCCAAGCUCAAUUCAAACAGAAUAGACACAGUUAUGUAAGAUAACCAUAUCCUUACUGAUCAUAAUUCCUUUCUUCACUCCAUUUUUGUCGGAGAAAAGAGUUAUCCCCCUCUCAUGCAUUUCCCUUUCCCCCUCUCUUCUCCCUCUUCUUCACAAACCGAUCCCUAAACCAGCAACAACAACACAAAAUAGCCUUCGCCUCUGCCAUCUCCAUCUACUGAACGCGUUGGUGGCAAGACAGGAUUGCAGAAGCAAAAUUUUCUAAAAUCAAACUAAAUUUUUUGAAGGAGACUCAACCACGACAAAAGAGUAAAGCAACAAUGCUAAUAGUUCAGAUGGUUGGUUUUGAUGUUAUACGUUGCUUUUGUUAUGGUCUCCAGUGUAUCAACUGCAACAGAGAUGUUUCCUUCAAUCAUCUUUAGUGCACGAUUUAGAAGUAAGUCCUCUUGUUUGUGUCAAACGGAAACAUUCAUGGGUUCUUAACUCCCCUGAUAGUGUAAAUGCAUCAGCAGCAAAGAAGUUUGACAACACAGCAAGCACCCAGGCAAAAUGAUACAAUGCAGUAGGUGAUAUGUGUCUCAAAGGUUUUGAGUUACUAAAGUUCAUGUUAAAAAUAAACAUGAAUUAAAAUGGAUUAUUCUAUUAAGCAAACAUCCCCUCUAAUCAUACAAAGAUCAGAUAUCUAACUCACAAACAAUUAAGCCAUAAAAAAUCAUCACACAUCCACCACCUUUGAUUGCCUAUAUUUGGUUUUUCGCAGAGUUGUGGACUCUUAAGGGUAAAGUUCAUGGGUAGUCUGUUUCAUAACUCUAGAGAGCACAGUAAGCAGCCACCAACCAGACACAGUGCGGUAGGCGAAUAUGAUUCUCAAUUCACAAUUUCUCACCACCGGAAGUAAGAACAGAACAUAAUAAGCGUAGCGUUCAUGGGUGAUCUGUUUCAUAGCACUACUACACAAUUUGUUAAAAAAGAAAGAAAGGUAUUUAGCAUCACGGCGGAACAACUUUUACAGGCCAACAACGACAACAUGCUGCAACCACCAGAACUAGUAUCACAACUCAUAGGGAAAGUCAAAAGAUUUACUCUUAAAUUAAGUAGUUACAAAAUCGAGCAAUCGUCAAGCACAUACACCAUCACAAAAGUCACAGAACCUGAUUCACAAAGCAUUCAAACAUUUGAGGACAUUUCUGCAAAGAUACAACUUAUAUGUCUUUUUUCCAAGCCAUUUCCAUCAACAUGCUAAUAAAUUUGCAAUGCAUAAAACAAAUGGGCCAAAACUUGAAAUUCAACCUGUUUGACCGACCCAUGCCAAAUUCUAAUUAUUCUUUACUUUUAAACUUUCUAUUUGAAAAUAAAAAAAUAGUGAAAGAAAAAAGACGACUACAAUUCGCCAUUUGCACAUCACUUAUUCGGGAAUAAAACCAUAUAAAUUCAAAAGGAACUGAAAAUGUUGAGGAUCAUUUUAAUGUUUAAAAUAACCAAAUAGAUUUUUAUGUUUACUUUUUUACUAACAAAUACCAAACGAUUCCCUAUAAAAUACACUAUAAUUUGAUCAUUAUGAUGUCAAAUAAUUAUAAAAUAUAUAUUUGAAAUGAUAAAAAUUGGACUAAUUGGGUUGGUCGAGGUUGAACCAUUGAAUAACUUUAAAAUACAUUAUAUUUUAGCCACUAAGAUAUAAAAUAAUAGCAUAAUAUAUAUUAUGCUAGAGAAAAUAGCUUGUUUUAGAAUGGCAAACCCAUGAUGUUCAUUUGUUUUACUUGAUGACCAAAUCCCAUGUAGGUUAGGCCCAUUCAACUCUUUUAUUUUAUGGUUAGCGGUUAGCCCAUUAGAUACCAUGCAUUAGUCUAUUUUUAAAUUUUUUAUUUUUAACAAUAAAAAGGAGUAUUAUUUUUGCCUUUUCAUUUAUAUUUUAUCACCACGGAUAAAUAAAAGGGUAUAAAGAAAAAAAUUGACACUCCUUGACUCGUUUAAAUCCGCAUGUGUACGGUAAGUUGGCCCGUUCCAUAGAGGAAAGAGAAAAAAUUGACACUCCCUAUUUUACCCUUCCUACAAACGCUCAUGGAACAGGGAAUUUGAAAUGGGGGAAGAGUUUUUUCCACCCUGCUAUUAUAUGUUUUUAAUUUAAAAGGAUACAACAAAUGUACUUAGUGUGAUUGGUUAUGAUCCUUGUCUUUCUUUAAAAUGGUCAUGGUUCAAAUCCUAGUACAUACUUUUUUAAUGAAUAAAAAAAAGUAAUUGUGAAGACCAAAAUGUCCUUCCUACUUUCACUCUCGUUGCAGAAAAUUUGAAAUUGGGCUCCCGUUUUUCCCUUCGGUGUAUUAUAUUAUGUGUAGAUUGUUAAUAUAUGCAAGCCUAAUUUUUAUCUCAAUUACGGAACAAGGGAUCCGGCUUUGUUUCCCAGUUGGAAUACAGUUGACUGUAUCUUUUUUUUUUUAAUACCGGAAUAUAGUUGACUUCACUUUUUUCGCCUCUUUCCUUUUAUGGAGAUUGGGUUUGUUUUAUAUUUGACAUUUUUUUUCGUGGUAGAGCACACAUUUUUUGGUGUUAGACAAGCUUGCCCAGUCUUUGAAAAUAUAAGGGGAAUGGAAUGAUCAAGUUAUGGACCACGUAUAACUAUGAUUUCAUCAGUUUUUUGACCCAUUAUAUCUAUUAAUUUUAAUUUGGAUUUCAAAAAAUUUUUUCGUUAAAAUAUUUGAUUAGUUAUGUUUUAUAAAGUGACAUUUAAUUUUUUAUGUAAGAAAUUGCAUCAUAAGAACACGCUAAUUGGAGAAACCUUUACCAUGGCAUAUCAUUAUAUAUCCAGUGAUACAAAUUAUUAUUUAUGUUAGUAUGAAAAUAUUUUCUGAAGGUACAUAUUAGUAUACCAUAAUAGCGGUGAAGUGGCAGACGGCGGUAUAUAAAAAAUUUACUUGUAGAUUUCAUUUUUUUGUGCAUUUUUUUAUAAUCUAAUUUACCAAGAAUAUAAAAUCGAUUAAAAGUCAUUCAAUAUCAAACAUUAGGUCUAUUCGACAUAAAAUUAAAAGGGUAGAUUUAAUUACAGACAAACAUUGCUAUGCAUUUGAUCCUUUGGCUACAAUUAGUAUCAACCAUCAAAUCUAUUCGACUUAAAUCAUUGUAAAACUUAACUCUCAUGUUAAUUAUUGAAGUCUUUCAACAACAAUGGAUUAUACUAAACUAAGUUUUGGUAUCAAAUGUAAGUUUUUUUUGUGUGUUAAUAUUAUCAAACAACUAAUUGAAUUAUGCUAAUAAACUAUCUUAAUUGGUUUACAUCUUGGAGGUACAAAACUUGAAUGGUUUAUAUGUUGCCAUGUUGGGUUAUAGUAGGCAACACAAUCCGAAUAAUAGAUUUAUCAAUCAUUUAGUAGGAUUCAUUCACCUGUGGUUCAUAAAAACAAACAAUUAAGAUUCAUUCACCUGUUGUGUACACACAAAUAUUUUUGUCACUAAUUGGGAUCCAAUAUUAUUAUAAAAAAAAAAUUGAAACCUAACUAAUAAUUCAAGCAAAGACGUAUUUAUAUAUAAGUUCAUAUAUCUAAACUUAAUAUUCUAUCUAAACCCACACCAAAACGCCUCGUUUUAUCUGCCUUCCAAUAUUCUACAAGAAUACCAACCAAUAAUCAUGCCCUCCAUUUCUUAAGUGACAUUCCCUUUAUAUAAAUGCCACCAUUUUCCAUUCGCAGCAUCACAAAUUCACAACAUCAAAUUCUCCACCAAUCACUUCCUCUUGCCUUACAAUCUCUUCUCUUCUCUCCUCCAAUGGCUACAUCGAACCACACCAAGAAAAUGAACCUGACCAUAACAAACACCUUCAUGGUCCAACCAGCCGCUCCAACGCCGACCGGCCGCCAAGCCCUAGCCGAGUGGGACCAAAUCGGCGCCAUGACCCACGUCCCCACCGUCUACUUCUACAAACCCUCCGCACCAUGGCUCGAAGGCACUCCCUCCCUCAUCCUCACCACCCUCGUCCGCUCCCUCCGCCUCGCCCUCGUCCCGUUCUACCCCUUAGCGGGGCGCGUGCACCACACCUCCGGCGGGAGGCUCGAGCUGGAGUGCAACGCGCGGGGGGUUCGGUUCGUGGAGGCCGAGUCGGACCGGAGGCUCGAAGAUUUCGGGGACGAGUUCUUGCCUUCGCGCGAGCUCGAGUCGCUCGUCCCUGAGCUCGAUUACGACGGGCUCCCCGUCCAUGAAUGGCCAUUGUUGCUCCUUCAGUUGACUAGAUACCAGUGCGGUGGGAUCAGUUUGAGUUUUAGUAUUUCUCAUCUUGUUGUGGAUGGUCUGAGUGCUCUCCAUUUCUUUUCGGAGUGGGCGAGGAUUGCCCGAGGGGAGCCGAUAAAAACGAUGCCGUUUCUGGAUAGGACCGUGCUUCGAGCCGGGAUGCCUCCUGGAGGGCAGCCCAAGUUCGUUCACACCGAGUUCGACCGCCCUCCGGGGCUCCUGUCCGAUGUGUUGAGCUAUCAGAAAAUCGAACAGGGAGGCGGCGAGGACGACGAAGGAUCAAAAAACGUGGUGAGGACGUUCAAGCUGGCCAAGACCAAGGUGGCCAUGUUGAAAGACAUGGUGAACCAUGAGGGAGGAGGAGAACAACAACGUCCGUACUCGACGUACGAGACGUUGACCGCGCACGUGUGGAAGUGCACGUGCAAGGCACGCGACCUGAGCCCAGAGCAGCCGACUGCUCUGGGCGUUUCGGUGGACUCGAGGAGCAGGACGAGCCCGCCACUGCCGAGAGGGUACUUUGGGAACGCGAUCCUCGACGUGAAGGCUCUCGCCCUGUCGGGAGAGCUCACGACGAGGCCGUUGAAGUACGCGGCCAGGAAGAUCAGGGAGGCGAUCGAGAAGGUGGACGGGGAGUUUCUGGAUUCUGCGAUCGACUUCCUCAAGUCGCAGCCCGACUUGAGGAAGUACCAGGAUUUCGGGUCGUCGCCCGGGCCAUUUUUCGAGUACCCGAACCUCAGUGUGAUCAGCUGGCUGAGGCUGCCGUUGUUCGGGAUGGAUUUUGGGUGGGGGAAGGAAAUCCACAUGGGACCUGCCUCCCACGAUUUCGAUGGCGACUCCCUGAUCAUGGCUAGCCAGAAUGGCGAUGGGUCCGUGGUCGUUGCCAUAAGUUUGCGUGAGGAUCACAUGGAGAGCUUCAAGAAGUGUUUUUACGAAGACAUCAUGUGAAAAUAAUACACAACAGGGAUCGACAAGACGAGAACUAAUAAUAAUCAUUCUAGCUUUCACCGAGAUUUCUUAUCUUUUUUGUGUUUCUCUUAAUCAAAUUUGAUAAUCGACAACAAUAUCCGGAUCAACCCAUGAAGGGUUGGUAUAGGGUUGAAGAUAUUGACCAUACAUGAGGUUCAAACUUUUGUAACCAACAUUAUUAUCUAUAUAUAAAAGAAACUAUUGUUGUAAUUUUACCUUUGUCUUGUCUCUUCUCAAGGAGUGAUAGGUUAUGUUGGAAAUAUUCCUUAGAAAUAUAACAAUUAAGGCCAUAUAAGCAAGAUAUAUAGGCCGGUGACCCUUAUAAUUGCCCUUUCCCUUUUAGCGCUAGCUAGCUCGUUCAUGAAUGGUCAACUAGAGGAGAAUGAUAAUUAAGAACAAAUAUUAUUAAUUAACGCUAUUUAUUAAUGAUUAAGCAACAAUACUAUUAUUAAUUUAAAAAAAAAACUUAUCAUCAACCACCGGCAACAGUUAUGCAUAUCCACUCCUCAAUUGGCUGUCUCAAGGGAGCAUAGUGGAAAGUUGAAUAUAAAAAAAUGAUUAGC